AUGGCUAGCAGUAGCGGUAACCGUGAAAACGACUUUGAUGACAUAUUUGGUGUUGCGGAACUCCUUGAUGAAGAACCGCCCGCAGCACAACGUGCUGUUUUUGUGCAAGAUGCAUAUGAAUUGGCUGAGUCUUACAACACGGAGGAAUUUUUGAUUUACGAUAAGCAAUUUCGGAAGGCAUUGGAUCGUUUUUUUACGCAGUCGCAGAAUGUUUCCACGGUGGAAAUUGAUAUCGGUUCACGUGUCAAGCCCCGAAAUGUUUUCGAAAAAGUGCUUGAAUCUGCAGGUUUGGAACUGAGGAUUGAUAACGAUAGCAAGAUCUUCGCUUUUCUUGUUAAUCAGAGCAGCCACAGCAACUUUGUUAAAGUAUUGAAUGGCACUUUCCAGUCUGCUGGUCGGAGGAAGGAUGAAGUUCUGCGCGUUUUUGAAGAGGAAAUCGGCGACGCUGAUAAGCUGGAGCUGUACCUCUCUCCUUGUAAAAGUGAAAGGGGUUUGACUGGUACGGUUCUUCGCGCUCUUCUUUUGACUAAUGCACUGCAAUCGCAGAUAUUCGGAAUUCUGAUGAAGAAAGUUGAAUAUUACGCAAAAAGCUUGGACGGUGAAAAGGUUAAAAACGAGCAGUUAGCGUUAGCAUGUAUUGCCCAGAUUCGUUAUUUAGAUGUAGUCUAUGAUCCGAAGCAGUUGUUUGCAGCAGUUUUUGAACAAGAUAUAGAACACUGGUCUCCGAAAGUUCGAGAUACAUUAAUUCAAGCCCUGCCCGAAAUUCUGUUAAAUGCUGGUGUACAACAAGGCAAUGCAGCGGAGAAUUUAAGCGAAAUGUUCCUCAAAGAGGUGCCAGACAAAGGGCUUACAUUUCGGAUUUCCAUAUUGCGCACUCUUAUGAUCUUACGGUGUGAGGCUGGGAUUAGCAGAAAAAUUCGAAGGACGUUUAUCCGAAAUAUAAUGAAAACUGAGGCUGCUGUUGUUCCCGAAGUUAUAAAUUACUGCCUAAAUGCUGUUCAGAAGGAUGAGAAAUGUGGAUAUUCUGAUGUGUUUUUUGGUCUUAGGGAACAUUUGAAGCUGGAGAAGUUAAGAGUUUCGAGAAGCGAUACAGGGUUCAAAAAAAGCGCGGACAAGGUAGUUUCGGAACUGUUCGGUAACAUUGCUAGGAAGGCAAGGUUUGGAUCUACUCGGUUUUGGAAAGAAGUUGUUUACGUAUUGCAGCACGACGGCGAGAUGGGUGAUGACGAGAAAAUGAUAGUCAAAGAGGUAUUUUGCGUUUUUGACGUUAUGUUAUGUUUUGCCCUGAUGAGUGUGGAAAGUUGCGACCGCGGUGUUUUCUCGUCUUUCAAGUGCCAGAUUACACAUCGUCGAAGCCGCAUAGAAGAAUUUAAGGAUGUUGUACAGAGUGCAUUGGAUUUUUAUCAGUUUUCAUUCGACUUUUUACAAUCGAUUCUUCCAUUCUGUGAAUGUCUGUUAUGGUCUCUUUUACCAAAUCUCGUCUAUUUUGGUUCAUUUAUUCUUGGAAAACUUUUCAUUGUAGUUCCUGAACGUCGCGAAGAGGUUCUCAGUCUUAUGAUUCUACACUUAACUGAUGUCGAAUGCGAAGCUAGUGCUAUUCUUACGACUCUUGAAGUCUUAACGGACCGUCAUCUUGCAGCUUUGAUACCGUAUACAGCAGUUAUUCAUGUGCGGUUCUGCAGUUUCUUUGCCUGCGCAUCCACUCCCUUUUAUUUCCAGACCGCACUAAGAUCCUUGCCGUAUCUAUCGGUGGAGAAUGUGAGACGGCUUUUUUAUGUUUUAAUUGCGGCUUACAUGAACUGUAGUGACCAAGUUGGCGCUAAGGAGGAGUUUAAAUUGAAUAUUGAUAGGCUUCUCUCCUCAUCGAAUCGGAGAGAAAGGACGUGGGGCGUUCUGGGAAUGCUAAUGCAGUUACAAGGCCACUUACGCCUUAAUGAAAACAGCAGCUCUGAUUUACGUGAGUGUAUGGUGGAGAAGACACUCGACAUUCUCGAAACGAGGACGAAAGGGGAUUCGCGAGUUCGGGCUUUGUUUUAUGUUCAUUUGAAGCAAGUUAUUGUGGAAAAUCCUAGAAUACCAGUUAGUAGUGCAGUGAUGGCAGGGAUUAAAGUUUUACAUCUGAGUGACGGUAUUCAGAGGGAUAGCUUUAGGUCGUUGUAUAAUUACUAUUUUAUCACUUUUCUGGUGUUACAGUUAACAUGGAGUGAAAAACUGCAGGCAGAAUUUCAUGAUCUUUUUUUCGAGAAAAGGAAUUCGUUAUGCGAUGAAAACCAUUACGAAGGAACUCGUUAUAUACGUCCCGAAUGCAAGGAGUGGCUUCGUUUAAGUGAACUUGUUCGUGACCUCUAUGAAACUAAUGGCGAUGUAAGGCGAGAAAAAGUUUUUGAGCUUUUGCCUUUGUUCGAACUUUUACGAGCUUUUGCUCGGCAGAAACAGCGCUGGGAAGGAGAUGAUACGCAAGCAGCUCAUGAGCAUCAUUGGAAACAGUUUUUAUUUGCAUUCGUCCUUGCUUUAAUUGGGGUAGGAAUCCUUGCAGAAGCAAACAUUUCUAUGAAAGGUGUCGAUGCUGAAGAGUCUGCCAGUGAACGACGUCGAUUCAAUAAUGACGUUUUUUGUUUUGCAAUCCAGUGGAUUCGUCUGGUAGGGAGGGGAGAAUCAUGGGGAAGUAGCAGGUGCUUAUUACCUAUUAUUAAACCGCAAUUGUUAAAUACGUUUGCUGAGUGUGAAAUGACGGAACCUAGUCAGAAUGAAAUGGUGAAAGAAGUGAUGAAAAAAAAGUUUGCUCUUAUGAUUGAGUGCCAAAAGAGCUUAUUGUUUACAGCAAAAAGACUUGGAGAAUAUACCCUUCCCCACUUACACAGCUAUCAGAAAGAAAUAGUUGUUCGAACUCAAGGAACUGUCAGUAACAAGAAGUGCUUGAAAGCCAGUAGUGCUAAAAAGAAAAAGAAAAUAAAUACAGAAGCGAAUAUUGAUGAAAAUGGUUGUGUUCCGGAGACUUCUGGAGUGAGGUCGGAUGACAGAGAUGUCAGUGGGAACCCCGUCGUUAUCGAUACAGAAGUUGUCAUUUACUGCUUUACAGCGGCUUCAGUAAUCUUUGGAACCAAACAUAAGGUGUUCGCGAACAUUGAGAUGGAGAUUGAAGAAACAAACACCGGUCGUGAUAAUAGUGAAGACAAGGCCAGCUACAGUCGGAAGCGAAAUGUUAAUCAUUUUCGGAAAUUUAUAGAUGCAGAUCAGCUGGUCUCCUACUUCUCCCCUUUUAAGCUGUUAACAGUUACGAAACUUGUUCAGUUACUGCCUGACAAAAGGAAGCAGACAAAGUUUCUUUUGGAAACUUUGCAAAAAAUCUUAAAAACAGUUUUGUCAAAAAAGGAGAUGAAACCUGCGUCUUGGAUAAUAGCGUCUGACGUGCCCGUUGGAGAACUACCUGUAGUUCACGGUGACCAAAAAACCAUUUGGAAGAUGGUUCACUUGCUGCUUCCAUUGAUUUUCGCAAUUCUUGAUGGAGCAGUCAAUUACUUUAAAUCAUUACAAAAUACUUCUGCUCUCGAGCCUCAAACAGGACGUGACUGCUACAAUGAUAUGGCUCAAGUUAUGACUGCAUCUUGCUCUGUUUUAAAAGAAAUUUUUUCGUGGUUAGUCGUUUUUCGUCAUGCAGUUAGGGCUUUUUACUUCGUACCAACAAUAGUUCUGUUGCUUGCGAAAACGAAUCUUCUUUUUUAUAGUAAAGAUCUUGCUAAGCCAGACACAGCAAGAGAAGAGGCGACUGAAGGUGAAAGGGAUCGCCGUGCUCGCUUUGAAAAGAGAAAGUCCGUAAUGGAGAAGCUUGAGCACUCUAUGAUAAACGCUGCAGCUAUUGACGACGCAGGUGGCGAAAAUGAUGCGGAAAACGGUGUUACUAGGGUGAUUGAGGAUUUUUGUAUAUUUUUUUCUUUUUAUAUAGUAUAUGCUGCGCAAACGUUAGUGGUAUCUGUUUUACGCUAUUUUAUUAGUAUCGCUGAGACGGCACCAGCAUUGGAUUCUGCAGUAGAAAUUUUAGGUGUUCUUGCUUCAAUUGAAGUGUUGCCAGAAAGAGAAGCGACUCUCACAGCAUCUAUAGCUCUAUCUUAUUUGCGUAAGGAAUGGGUUGAUGAAGAAGGCAGUCCUCUUAAAGGGAGCGUUUUGAACCGUGCAGUUGGAGAAAUGUUGCACCGCUCUUCACUUUCUCCCCUUUCUAUAAUGAUUGCUCUGUUGAACUGUGGGCUGCUUUCUAGACUCUAUAUAGGGUUACGUCGAAGCAGUAAACGUUUUAUUGCUAUUCAGUGGCUGCUCGCAGCUGAAGUGUCUCUAUUAGUUCCUGAAGAGGAGAGAAGAAGAAGUAAAAUAUCUUCUAUGGAAGAAUGCACAGACGAAGAGUUAACUGAGGAGGACAAGCGUGGCCACUUUUGUUGCUUCGUCAAAAGUACUUUUCCUACUGUAUACAGGACUUUAUUUCGUUCACUGAAUGAUAAUGUUAAAACGCAUCUUACUCUUCAAACUGUUUUGAGCAGUGGAAUGAGUUUAGAUGAGUGCUUUCUGCAAUGGAAGCGAGCCGCAAGCUGUUUUUGUCUUUUAGCGCUAAUGAUUCGAGUAAAGAAUUUGAGAAACAACGCUGUGUUAAUAUCAGCUGCACGAGAGGGCCGCUUGUUUCUGUACAAUUUCGUGACGAAAAGCUCAUUUAUGUACCUUCUUAAAGAAGAAAAAAGAUUCGCGAGAUAUGCUGGGAGUGCAAAUGUCGUCUUCAAAACAGUUCAAAUAGGGAACCGUUCUCUUCAAAACAUGAGUGUAUAUGCGAAGACUAAUAAAUGUGCCGCUUUACUGAAAAUGUUGCCAGAACUGCGUGCUGUAUCUGAGCUUUUCAUCCGGACUGUGCAUUCAAUAAUGGUUGGUGUUCAGUGUGAUGAAGCCUUUCAAAUUGGCUUACUCAAGAGUCGAAACCUUGAUCUCUUGUGUCAGCGAGUUAUUUUUGUUGGCAUUUUGUUGGCAUUUGGUUUGUUAUUCAAGGGAGAAGAGGUCACGUGUCCUGAUGAAAGUACCGAUGAAGAAGAAAGCACAGAAGCAGUUGCUGCUGAGGCAGCUGAUGAAGCAUCGAAUGAAGAUCAAGAAAAUGAAGAUGAAGAGAAUGGUCACACGCGGUCCUCGAUGUCUCCUUCAACAGCCAGUGAAGUCUACUAG